GGUUUUGAUAUAACCAAUUAGAGAAGAGAACAUUCUUCCCCUUAUUUCUCACUUAUCGAUAUCUAUCGAAGUUAGAAGUAUUGCAUAAACCUGAAGUUGGUUAACACGUGUGAGGUUGGAGAACAAAUAUUAAAAAUUAUUGUUAAAAAAGAUUCGUAUAAUAAUUUUUAAAUCAUGUCAAAUUUAAUGGACAGUUCUCUUGACAGUACUCCUCUUGACGAUGAUAUCAAACCAAAAAAAACUGAUACCGAAUUACAAGAAUUUUUAACCAUUCAAGAAGAGACGGCGCGAUUUAAUGCUCAGAUUCAUGAGUUUAAUGAAUUGUGUUGGGAUAAAUGCGUUGAUAAACCAGGAAAUAAAUUGGACAGUCGGACAGAAACAUGUUUAAAUAAUUGUGUGGACAGAUUUAUUGAUGUUUCAUUACUCAUUACUUCCCGGUUUGCUCAGUUGUUACAAAAAUCUGGUGGAAUAUAGAAUGCAUUUUAUUUCGUGUAUAUCUAUACAUUUAUAUACAUUUUAAUAAUGAAGUUAUUUAAUGUAUAUUAAAUUGUAAUUUAGGUAUAUGAUAAAUAUUUUUGAAUGACCUAAACUAUCUAUAAUUUUCGUUCUUAGGAAUCAGUUCUUACCGGUAAUUAAUAAUAUUGUUAUCAAAUAAAAACAAUGAAUUGAUAAAAGUAAAA